CCGCCGCCGGCGCUUGGGCCGCCUGCCUGCCGUCCGUGGGAUGUGCGGGCUCCUGCCACAGUUAGGGAUGGAUAUGCGGGCUCCUGCCUUCCCUGGGGAUGUGCGGACUCCUUCCGCCCGUGGCAGCUGCCCCUGCCCUCUGAGGAGUCGUUGGAGCUGGGCCCGGGGGGCGGGGUUAAAGUGAAGAUACCUUUUGGAAACAAAUACCUUGAUGCUAUCUUUUCUGUCCCAGAGAAGAAACCAACAUAUGGAGUGAUUCUUACUCAUGGAGCUGGAGGAGACAUGAAUUUCCCUCACUUAGUGUCCUUGGCAGCCUAUCUUGCAUCCCAUGGAGUUCUCUGCCUGCGGUUUACUUGUAAAGGCCUUAAUGUUGCUUAUAGGACUAAGGCUUUCAAAGCAGUUUUGGAAUACUUAAAACUUUCUGAUGAUUAUAAACUUUCUGGUGUUUUCCUUGCAGGCCGCUCCAUGGGCUCACGAGCUGCUACCUCUGUGAUACGUCAGCUGAGCCAGGGUGAUGAUGAUGAUGGUUUCAUUCAAGGUCUUGUGUGUUUAUCUUACCCAUUGCAUCGACCAAAGCUGCAGUCCAAGCUCCGGGAUGAGGAUUUAUUACUGAUCAGGUGUCCAGUGCUGUUUGUCUCAGGAUCAGCAGAUGAGAUGUGUGAAAAACAAUUGCUAGAAGGUGUGGUGAGCAAAAUGAAAGCCCCUAAAAAAAUCCAUUGGAUUGAUAAAGCAAACCAUGGGAUGGCAGUCAAAGGACGAACAACAAAUGAUGUCAUGGAAGAAAUAAAUGCACAAGUUUUUUCUUGGCUUAGAGAGAAUGUUCAACUGCAGGACAAAUAAUUUGCAGUGUUCAAGCAGCCUCUCCGUUUAGUUUUUCCUAAAUGUGGCAAAUAAGGGGUUUGUUAUUUUUCAGAGGCAUAUUUUUUUAAACUGAUCUUUUCAGAGGUCUAAGUGC